UGCGUUAGCUGACGUAGGAAGGCGAUGCAACUUUCCCUUUAUUUUCUCCGAUUUCUCCUAAAUUCAAAUACAAAAUUAUAUAAACAACCGAUCAGUUAUAAUCUACGAAUUCCGUAGCAUCGGCAGAAGUCAUGCUGCGCUCGAUAUUCAGCCGUUUGGCGAAGAAAUCUCCGAUUUCAGUGAGGCCUCACGAUGGCGUUUUGGCCUCAAUGGUUCACACUACAUCGAGAAGGCAGUGCAGUGCACAAUCGGCUGAUCCUGAUUAUGACCCAAGUUUUUUCGAGAUGGUCGAGAUAUUUUUCGACAGGGCUACUAAUAUAAUUGAAGAGAAAUUGAUAGCGGAAAUGAAGGGUAAACUGACCUUGGAAGAGAAGAAGACGAAAGUGAAGGGCAUUUUGCGAAUGAUAAAACCAUGCAAUCAUGUCAUCGACAUUUCGUUCCCGAUCAAGAGGGACAACGGGGAAUUUGAGAUCAUUCAAGGAUGGAGAGCGCAGCACAGCCAACACAGAACCCCCUGCAAGGGCGGUAUCCGUUACAGUAUGAAUGUGAACAAAGACGAGGUAAUGGCUCUCAGUGCAUUGAUGACCUACAAAUGUGCUGUGGUCGAUGUGCCAUUUGGUGGUGCCAAAGCUGGAGUCAAGAUCAACCCGAAGAAUUACUCUGAACAUGAGUUGGAAAAGAUCACAAGGCGUUUUACUGUGGAGCUUGCCAAGAAGGGCUUCAUUGGUCCUGGUAUUGAUGUGCCUGCCCCAGACAUGGGCACUGGUGAGAGAGAGAUGAGCUGGAUCGCCGAUACCUAUGCUCAGACUCUAGGUCAUUAUGAUAUCAAUGCUCAUGCCUGUGUGACAGGAAAACCCAUCACUCAGGGAGGUAUUCAUGGACGUGUAUCGGCCACUGGAAGGGGCGUCUUUCAUGGCAUUGAGAACUUCAUCAAUGAAGCGAGUUAUAUGAGCAUGAUUGGUAUAACACCAGGCUUUGGGGAGAAGACCUUUAUUGUCCAGGGCUUCGGCAAUGUCGGCAUGCACUCCAUGAGAUAUCUACACAGGAAUGGUGCUAGGUGUAUUGGAGUGAAGGAAUUCGACACAUCCAUCUAUAACCGUAAUGGAAUUGACCCUCGUGAACUGGAAGACUGGGUCAUCGAAAAUGAAACCAUCAGAGGCUUCCCAGGUGCCGAGGAAUAUGAGGGUGAAGACUUAUUGUUGGAACAAUGUGAUAUCCUAGUUCCAGCCGCCUGUGAGAAGGUCAUCACUCGUGAGAAUGCUCACAAGGUGAAGGCGAAGAUCAUUGCUGAGGGAGCCAAUGGACCAACGACUGUUGCCGCUGAUGAAAUUCUACUCAAGAACAAUGUUUUGGUCAUACCGGAUUUGUACAUCAAUGCUGGUGGUGUCACUGUCUCCUAUUUCGAAUGGUUGAAGAACUUGAACCAUGUCAGUUAUGGACGAUUGACAUUCAAGUAUGAGAGAGAUUCCAACUACCACUUGCUAGAGAGUGUACAGCAAUCCCUUGAAAGGAAAUUCGGCAAACAUGGUGGCAAAAUCCCGAUUACCCCAAGUGAGAACUUCGAAAAGAAAAUUUCUGGUGCCUCAGAGAAGGAUAUUGUUCAUUCUGGUCUGGAAUAUUCCAUGGAGCGUUCAGCGCGGAACAUCAUGAGGACCGCUAUGAAAUACAACCUCGGUCUCGAUCUACGUACCGCAGCAUAUAUUACAUCUAUUGAAAAAAUCUUCAAGGUAUAUCAUGAAGCUGGACUAACGUUUACGUAAUGUCAAAAUGCCAUUGCUAGAUCUAGUUUAAUUUGGUUCAGGUACCAUAAAGUGUGAAGUAAAGUGAGACGUGUGGUUAAUAUUAUAACUUGCAGUAACUUGUUUACAAAAAAGUAGUAACGGUGGGAAGCUGAUAAUAUAUCAACAUGGUUUUCUUAAGGGUGAAAUUUCUAAUAAAUUCUUGAAAUUUUAUUUUGUGGGUGGUUUUCAUGAAAAUACAGACCAAGGUUCAUAUAAAAAGCUGUCGAGAAAAUUUUAUCAUUUGUUAUGAGUGUACCUCUGCUAUUGAAUGUCUUUUCGAAUAGUUGCCUGGCCUGAGUUGUGUACAACUGAAGCGUAAAUAUUUUCCAUUAAUAAACAGACUGAUGCUGGUAUAUAAAUGUCACAAAAUAAUGCAUGAUGAUAUUAUAUUUAACUGAUUGUGCUACAGACGAGCUGUAUAAUGAGUGGUUAUUAUCUCUAAAUAUUUUUGCUAUAUUACGUCUUAUCCUGGUCAUGGUUUUGUGCUAUAACUGCACAUGUCAUUAUUUCCAAUUUAACCCUAAGUUAGCUACAUGUAUUAAAGUUGAACUAAUCUCACAACAUGUUAUUUGAAAUAAAAUCCUUUUAUCAGAUUUGUUUCUGUUGCUGGCCAAACAUUUGUGUAAAAGUUGGUAACAUGACAUAUCUUGAUUCAAAUUGGAUUGUUAACAUUUUGACAGGAUUGUAGAGUUCUUUAUGGUACAUGAAUUCAACUUUUGAAUAAUUUACGGCUGAGCAUGUUUUGAGAAACAUUUUUGAUUCGUUUCAUACGAUGUCAUCAGCAGCUGGCCAAACACUUCUAGCUCCUUUUAUCAUUACGGACGCUACCCUUCUUGAACAUUGUACAAACAUUGGAUGUGUGCAGUGAUGUCAUUGUGAUGUCUGUUUUGGAUGUCAAUUUGUGCCCUUGAAGAGGCUGAUGUGGCCAACAAAUGUGGGUCACAAAAGCUGUAAAAUGAAAAGGCAGCAAAUAUUUAGGGGUCAACAGUAUAGUCGGGAGGUCGCUUGAACGAGUAUGGUACGUACAUGUAAGCCUGUUGUAUCUCUAAUGCUGAAAGUUUGGUAAGGUGUCUCUGUGCUUCUCAAAGCAUGCUAAGUCAUGAAAGAGUUAAAAUAACACCAACUUUAUUCAAAUUCUGUUGGAAAUUUGUUUGCUUGUGCUUUGUUAAUUUUAUUCCACUUCCUUUAUUUCUGCUUUUGCGAUUGUUAACUUCAGAGAAUGGAGAUGACUGUUUCCUAGGCUAGGCUAGUACUGGUACAGAUAGUGAGUGCAUUAAGUUUAUUAACACCCCAUACCAUCCAAGAUCAUUAUUAUCAUAUUGAUGAGGAUAAUGGUGUCGAUGUGAUAUUUGUAAAUAAUAAGAAACCAUUAGAAAGAGUUGUUGAGAUCCAUUUGAAUGACGGACAGCAUGAGAUAUUGUCAGGCAAUGCUGGUGAAGAGGGAUGGGAUGGAAUGAAAAAUUGCAAGUUUGUUGGCCUCUACUGGUGGUGGUGUUGGCAGGCCAUUCUUGGUCACAACAAUAGCAACUAUAGUUAGCCUGUGAUAAUGAUAUACAUGUAGUAAUGCAAUCUGGUUGUAUUGUAGUAAUAGAUGUCACAUUAAUGUCAGUAGAUGACCAGCUUAGUGUCCUAAAUUCUCAAUCUUGUUUUUUAAAAACAAAUAGGGAUACACGUACAUCAGUAACCAUUCUUCAUUUCAAGUUCAACUUGAAUCGGUUUGAAAGUAUUCUACUCAAAAUGAUGAAGCCUAGUCAUUACCAAAGAAACUGCCUUUGGAAAUUGUCACUGCAGAUUAUUCUCAAUACUACUUUGCCUCUUCAUAAAUCUUGAUCAUUUCCAUGCAUAGUAUUAAGUUUGACAUCAGCCUGUCCUUGUACAUACUCAUCUAUCCAUUCUGAUAUCCAUUGUUAACAUCUUUCACCUGAAUAUUACCUUAUAAUUUUCAGACAGUGCUUUUUGACCGAUUUAAGACCCAGUUCCACUACAAAUGUCUACUGCCACAGGUUUUACCGCUUUCAGAGGCUUUGUGGUUACAUGUACAAUUGCCAAGUCUACAAAUUUGUCCAUGUACUUGCAAAGAAACUAAUCUAAAUGCCUGUGAAAACCAGGCGGUUUUCCUUUUAAUCCCCACCUGACAUGAUAAUUAUUGCCUGCUAUAAACUUAUGUCCGUUAGCUGAUAGCAGUAGCACUUUAGAUGUAGCAUCUCUACUCAAUUCAAAUGCUGUAUAGAACAUGUAAAAAAAACGUUGGAUUAUUUUCUUGCCGAGCCUGUCUGAAAUUAUUUUCUCAAGAAGCAAUCUCUGAUCUGUAUUUCACAUUCCUUGAGUAGUUUUGUCUAUAGGCAUGUGUACAAUUGACCAUACUACAUUAUGAAUAAAGUUGAUUGAUGUGAA